AUGGCCGCCUCAUUAAGUCGAUCAGAGACGUGGAGCCUCCUUGCAUUAUUUGGAAUUUGUAGCGCAAUUCUUGGGAAUACUUUCCAAGGUGACGGCGCACCAUUGGUGGCCUCUUUGGCUUUCUCAGGAGUGGCCUUUUCCUCGACAUAUGCCUUUGUACGAUGGUCGGGGCCUUCAUUCAUGAAAGCGGGACUCAAAGGCAAGGAUCUGGGCAAAGCGAUUCCGAAGGACAUACCAGAGUGCAUGGGCGCUGUUGCAUCGGCUGUAUAUCUACUGGUCUUGAUAGCGUUCAUCCCAUUCGCUUUCUAUAAGGAUAUUGUGGCUGCUACCUCAGGUGGCGGGAACCGAGACGUCGUCCUGACAGUCAAUCAGAUCGAGACCGGCCGAUUCUUACAGCGUUUCCCUCAUUCAAAACUUGGCUCCUACCAGUCGGUCCUCAACACUCUUCAGGCAACCACCAUUCUUGGGCUGGCCGAUGAUAUUCUGGAUCUUAGAUGGCGACACAAGUUUUUCAUUCCAGCAAUUGCUUGCGUACCACUAUUAAUUGUGUACUAUGUCGACUUUGGCGUCACAUCGGUUGUUAUUCCAAACUUUCUCGUUCCCUACAUGCCCGGUCAUACGCGCCUUAUCGACCUGGGCCUCCUUUACUACGCCUUCAUGGCCGCUGUGUCAAUCUUUGCGCCAAACUCGAUCAAUAUUUUGGCCGGUAUCAACGGUCUAGAAGUUGGACAAUCUCUGGUCAUUGCCGGCCUUCUGAUACUGAAUUCCUCGCUAUACCUGGUUCCAUUCCCCGGCAACCCAGUUCUCAACAACGGAUAUGCAACACAUCCUCACCCAGCGACGGAGUCUCAUCUGAUGACACUAUACCUGCUACUCCCAUUUGUCGGCGUUUCCACGGCAUUGUAUUUGCAUAAUCGAUACCCCGCCCGGGCGUUUGUCGGCGAUACCUACUGCUACGUUGCCGGCAUGACAUUUGCUUGCGUUGCGAUCAUGGCUCAUUUCAGCAAAACCUUGCUCCUGUUGUUUAUCCCCCAAAUUGUCAACUUCAUCUACAGCGUUCCUCAACUUUUCAAGAUCAUACCAUGUCCGCGGCAUAGACUUCCAAAAUUCAACGCUCGUACUGGUUUAAGGGAGCCGAGUGUCACAACAUGGGAAUCCGAGAGACCUCCUAGCAAGGCCUUGACCACAGUCUUCCUUUUGCUGGAGAAGCUCCGACUCAUGCAAGUGACAAUCGAUGGGAAGACGAAUCGCAUCUCGGAGACUAGCAAUUUGACGCUCAUCAAUCUUUGGCUUGUCUGGAGGGGACCACUGCGAGAGGAUCGCCUGAAUAACGAGCUUCUGUUGCUGCAGAUCUUCUGUGGACUGUGUGGACUAUUCAUUAGGCAUACUAUGGCUCUCCUGAUAUUCAGCGCCGAUAACAGAGGGAAAUACGGGCACAGCUUUCCGAUAUGA